UCUGCUUCUCUCAGUGUGUCAGUGCAAGAAAAUGGCAGAAGCAUGUAUUUCAGAUCAGGAUCAGUUCAUCUGUCCAGUGUGUCUGGAGCUCCUGAAGGAUCCUGUAACUCCUCCAUGUGGUCACAGCUUCUGUAAGGUGUGUAUUAACAGCUUCUGGAAUAAAGAAGAUCAGAAGAAGGUCUACAGCUGCCCCCAGUGUAGAGAAACUUUCACUCCGAGACCUGUUCUACGCAGGAACAACAUGCUGGCUGAAGUGGUGGAGAAACUGAAGAUGACCGCUUCUGCUGUUUACCAUUAUGCUGGACCUGGAGAUGUGGAGUGUGAUUCCUGCAUCGGGAGAAAACGCAAAGCCACUAAUUCCUGUCUGGUGUGUCUGGCUUCAUAUUGUGAAGAUCAUCUUAAACCUCACUAUCAGUCUCAGGCUUUUAAGAAGCACAAGUUAGUUGAAGCCUGUGUAGAUCUCCAAGAGAAGAUCUGCUCUCAGCACGACAAACUGAUCGAUAUCUACUGUCGUACCGACCGAAGCUUCAUCUGUUACUUGUGUACUUUGGAUAAACACAGAGGUCAUGAUAAUGUUACAGCAAACGUGGAAAGAACUGAAAAACAGAAUGAGCUAAAGGAGGAGCAGAUGAAAUCCCAGCAGAAGAUCCAGGAGAAGCAGAAGAAGGUGCAGGAGCUGAAACAGUCUGUGGAUAUUAUAAAGACGCGUUCCCAAGCAGCUGUAGAUGAUAAUGAGAAGAUCUUCCAUGAGCUGAUCAACUCUGUGGAGAUAAGGCGCUCGGAGGUGAAGGAGCUGAUCAGAGCUCAGGAAAAAGCUGAACUGAGUCGAGCUAACCGACUUCUGAAACAUCUGGAGCAGGAGAUCGCUGAUCUUCAGAGGAGAGUCAGUGAUCUGGAGCAGCUUUCACACACACCUGAUCACAUCCACUUCCUCCAGAGUUUCCCGUCUCUCUGUGUUUCUCCUGGAUGUGAUGACUCACCCAGCUUCACUGUAAAUCAACACCUCACAUUUGAUGGAGUGAGGAAAUCUGUCUCAGAUUUGAAAACACGAGUCGAGGAGAUCUGUCAGGAGGAAUUCAACAAAAUCCAUCCACAAGCUGCAGCAGUUCACACAGUUUUACCCUUAGAACCGCAGAGCAGAGAACAUUUUCUGCAGUAUUUCUGUUAUCUGACUCUGGAUCCCAACACAGCACAUCCUCAACUCAUUCUGUCUGAGAAGAACAGAGUCGUGAGUUGGAGUGACGUAGAACAGCGAUACUCUGAUCAUCCAAAGAGAUUUGACUCCUGGCCUCAGGUGUUGUGUAAGCAACCUGUGUGUGGACGCUGUUACUGGGAGGUGGAGUGGAACAGUAAGUGCUGGAUGCUCGCUUCAGUCUCGUAUAAAAAUAUCAGCAGGAAAGGAGGGAGUAAUGAGUGUGGCUUUGGAUGCAACAGUCAGUCCUGGAGUCUGCAGUGUUCUUCCUCUUUCUCUUUCUGGCACAACGACAUCAUGACCGAUCUCAGAGGUCCAGCGUCCUCCAGAAUAGGAGUGUAUGUGGAUCACAGUGCAGGAACUCUGUCCUUCUACAGCAUUUCUAAAACAAUGAGGCUCCUUCACAGAGUCCACACCACAUUCACUCAGCCGCUGUACGCUGGAUUUAGGAUCGGUUCUUACUCAGCUGUGAAGUUGUGUGGUCCAAAAUGAAAAUGUUUAGUAAAAUCAUACAGAAGGGAUCAGAUUUAUUUUCCUGUAGGAUAUUUCUAGUACAAAAAAUUGUGAUAAAGUGGAAUAUUUUUACUUUAUGCAGUAUUAUGGGGUUCAUUAUACUUAUAGGAAAAAUGUACAAUUUCUGUAUAAAUGAUAUAUAUGGUAUAAUUCUAUAUUGCCAGCUAUGUCCUUGUAGACGUAGUAGUGUAAUAGAAAAAACAAAUAACCCAACUGUCAACUGUAAUUGACUCUUUCAUUGAAAAUCCAAAUCCAAAUUAUCCAAAAUAUAGAUGUGGAUAAUGUAGAGGUUUGAAGAACUCAUUCAUUCAAGUCUUCCGUCUUCUCCUGAGUCUCGAGUAAUGUUCUCACACUGUACGGUUUUUACUCCGUAUUAGUUUCAACACUGUAGGAUCUCAGUUGUCAUAAUGCCAAGAUUGUAUAAAAGUGAAAAACUGACGCAGACAAGAAAAGACUCGUCCCAUAAUUUUGUUUUGCCUCGAUAAUAAAAACGUCAUACGAACACUCCUUUUUCCCUCCAGAACUCAGUGAGAUUCAUUUCUUGCUGUUCUGCCCAUCUGACUCAUUUCCACAUCUCCUCUGAGCUGGUUUGACGUUGCUGUCAUGCUAAUCACUAAAUGCUAACUGCUACAUGCUUAGUCCUGAAUCUGUUCAUGAAACUUUAUACACAACCUGCAUUUAUAUUGUGAAUAUUUAAAUGAUAAAUAUUGAUAAAUAUUUAAAUUCACUAAUGUCCUUUUUCUUUUGUAUUUUGUGUAAUGUGUAUUUUUGUGUGUUCUUCUAGUUUUUUUGUAAUCAAUGGACAUUGUCCCAAAGCACCUUCUCUGCUGCCUAAGUUAUAAAGUACAUAUUGCAUGAUGAUUACGGUAUUGAUUUGGAAAAUGUUAUAAUAUACAAUAAAGCUCUUCACCAUGUAAAGAAAAAAUACUUUUUCAAUACCAUUUUUGCUUUUUUUAUUUUUGAGUUUCGGGAUGAAUUGAUGAAUAAAAUGU